CUACAGCAGCCAAGAGUCAAGCUAUGACCAGCUUGCCAAGAAAGUUGCUUGCCAAACUAAUAUAAUAACUGAGCUAGCAGAAAAGGCUGAAGCUGCUUACGCGCAUGUUGAAGAGCUCAACCGCCAGCUAAAACACUCUCAACAGGACCACGCUGAAGCAAAAAAGCUAUGUGACCGCCUUCAGCAGAAGAAUAGGUGCUUGCGGCUUGAGCUAUCCUGUAUGCAGAAGAAAGUCAAGAGGUGCAAGGCUGAAGCUACACAAAAGAUUGACAUCACGUAUGAAGCCCUUGUAGAAGAUGAAAAGAAGCUGCGGUACUACACUGGCUUUACAUCCAGAAAGUCCUUCGACAGUUUUUGGUCCCUACUUGAACCAGAUGCGAAAAAGCUGCGGUUCUGGCAGAUGAAGGAAACGGAGAACGAGGACCGGAACUUCAUCCUGCCUUUGAAGACACAGCUUGUGCUCGUCCUGAUGAGGCUACGGCUGGGCCUUGACGGCCUUGACCUUGCGUACAGGUUUGGCGUUUCUACGUCAACCGUUUCGAGGAUCUGGGUAACAUGGCUGGAUUUUUUGGACAACAGGCUUCGCCAGGUAUGUCAGCACCAGUUAUCUUUUUUUAUUGCCUUUUGUUUGUGGUCUCUGUGAUGGCCGCGACAAAUUGCAACAUUUAUGGGAAGGGAGAAAGGGGACUGGAUGGAAUUUUAGGUAUAAAAGGCCAACUGUACACUGAUCAGUCGCGUAGCCAGGGUUCUAUUUCAAGGGGUGUUUGUCAGCCUUCCCCUCAUGGCCAGAUAUA